UGGUUCGAAUACAAAGCAUAAACCCUUAAGGGCCCCGAAAUGAGUUUUUCAGCCACAACAGAGCAGAACAGAGCAGGAAGCUGAAGAAGAAGACUGAAGAACUCUCAAAUGUCAGCAUCAAGAACAUGGCAUCUUCUUCCUUUGCUAAAUCCAUAGCUAAAUUUCGCCCUUUUAUUUCCCUUACUCGGCACAGCGCGACGCCGACGCCUUUACCUUCGUCUUCUUUCUCGUUCAGCUCUGCGGCUGCAGUUUCUUCUGCUGCUGAUCCCCAGUCAUCUUCGCUUUCUCAAGCUCAACAGAAACGAAGAGAUUCGAAAUUGUCAAAAUGGCUCCUGUUUUUACCUGGGGCUCUCACGUUUGGCCUUGGAACUUGGCAGAUUUUCAGGAGGCAAGAGAAGAUAGAAAUUCUAGAUUACAGGCAGAAGCGACUGUUAAUGGAACCUGUGAACGUAAACAGCUUACUUCCAUUGAAAGACAAGCUAGAUGAUCUGGAGUUCAGGAGGGUGAUCUGUAAAGGAGUUUUUGAUGAGAAAAAAUCAAUCUUCGUUGGUCCACGUUCGAGAAGCAUUUCAGGAGUGACCGAAAAUGGCCAUUAUGUUAUUACCCCAUUGAUGCCCAUUCCUGGCCUACCUGAUAGUGUGCAGUCACCUGUUUUGGUCAAUCGAGGAUGGGUUCCACGCACUUGGAAGGAGAAGGCUUUAGAAGUAGACCAUCAAGGUAGAGAACAGUCUUCAGAUAUUGCACCCUCCAUGGUUCAAGAGAGUGAGAGAAGCUCUUGGUGGAAGUUCUGGUCGAAAACGACCAAGAAUCUAGAGAAUGAAGUGAGCCCCAUUACUACUCCAGUAGAAGUUAUUGGAGUGGUUCGCACAAGUGAAAAGCCUAGCAUAUUUGUUCCAGCAAAUGAUCCUGGCUCUAGCCAAUGGUUUUAUGUUGAUGUUCCAGCAAUUGCACGUACUUCUGGACUCCCUGAGGAUGCUAUUUAUGUGGAAGACAUAAAUGAGAAUGUGAACCCAAGUAACCCGUAUCCGAUUCCGAAGGAUGUUAAUACGUUGAUACGAAGUUCCGUUAUGCCACAGGAUCAUCUUAAUUACACAUUAACAUGGUACUCUCUCUCAGCUGCUGUGACCUUCAUGGCUAUCAAAAGACUGAGGCAAAAAACGACUCGAAAAUGACGAACAUUAUAAUUUGAUCUUCUUUAGAGCAGGAACGAACCCGGAACUCCUAAAUCGUAUGUGAGUUAAUUUUGUUGGUAUUGUUUUUCAUAAUGCUUUUUCAGUAGAGAAGCCUGAAUAUCUCAUUUCCUUGGGACGUUUAGAACUAGAAAAUGCCAAGAAAUCCUCAAUCCCUUAAGCCAUACAACUUUUCCUCGGCCAUUAAAUUGAGUAAACAUUUUGGUAUUUCCAUAACUAAUAAAUUUGUUCUUCAUUUUGAAA